AUGCCAACUCCACUGGAGGUGUACAAUAAGCGCAUAAAGAAGCGCGAGAAGGAAAAGAGAAAGAAUGAGCGAGCGGAAGCCAGGAAUAUCGCCAAAUUGCUCCAAGAGCCCGAGAAGUUGAAGCAAGAGCUCGACGAACUCUCUCACAAGGCCAUUAUCGGAAGAAUAGAUCAGGAAUCUCUCCAGAGGAAGGAAAAGCUGGAGAAGAUUUGGAGCCAGCACAAGUCAACCCCGAAGUAUGCUCCUGAACCUGUGCCAGUUCCGGCAACUGAAAGCUCAGAAACGAGUUCUGACUCAUCGGAAUAUUCGGAUGAUUCGCCAAGGUGUGUGAUUGAAAUUGCCGGACAACCAAAGGGAGGGAUAAAACGCGGGUUCCAUGACCCUGAUCCUACAGAUAACAUUGCUCUGGAGCUGCUUGCAAACGUCCCUUCACUUCCAGUGCCUCCAGAGGGGAUGCCAAGUUCCGAACCUCCAGGUCCACCUGGUCCGCCUCCACCAAUUCCUGGUAAAACUCAUGGAGCACCAGAGAAGCAAAUGGAUAACAAAAGGCCAAAGUUUGCACAUGGAAGGCCGGGAAUGCACAAUUCUGGCAAAAGAGGUGGAAUGGCAAGGCCAGGUGGUUCGAGGCCUCCACCACCUCCGCCUGUAGGAGCUACACAUUCACAAGCUCAGAGAGGACAAUGGGAGUCUUUGGGACGCGGACAACACCUGGAAAUGCGAGUGCCACCGCCUCCUCCAUCGCACGGACCAGCUGGUUAUGGUAACCAGAGUGGGUCUUCCAAGACAGAUUCUUCCACUGAGAAACCGACAGUUCCCAUUAAACAGUACUUUAUACCAACACAGCUAAGGUAA